CUAGGUGCAGAGGACCUGCAUUUGCUUGCUCAGAUCCCACAGCCUCGCACCACUUUCUGUCGCCCAAUCCCCGUGUGUUCCGGCUUAUUGAGCAUCAGGCCCUCGCGGUGGGCGCCAUGCAUCGGGCGCGCCCCGCACUCUGGGCCACUGCGCUGACCGCACUGACCCUGCUCCGCGGACCGCCAGUGGCGCGGGCAGGCGCUGGCGCGGUAGGCGCGGGCCCCGUUGUGCGCUGUGAGCCAUGCGAUGCGCGUGCGCUGGCCCAGUGCGCGCCUCCGCCCACAGCGCCCGCKUGCGCCGAGCUGGUGCGCGAGCCAGGCUGUGGCUGCUGCAUGACGUGCGCGCUGCGCGAGGGCCAGCCGUGYGGYGUCUACACUGAGCGCUGUGGCGCCGGUCUCCGCUGCCAGCCGCCGCCCGGAGAGCCGCGCCCGCUGCAGGCGCUGCUGGACGGCCGCGGGUUCUGCGCUAAUGCCAGCGCCGCUGGCCGUCUGCGCGCCUACCUGCUGCCGGCACCAUCCUCUCCAGGAAAUGCUAGUGAAUCCGAGGAGGACCGCAGCACUGGAAGUGUGGAAAGCCAGGCAGUCCCCAGCACACACAGGGUGACCGACUCCAAGUUCCAUCCCCCCCAUAACAAAAUGGAUGUCAUCAAGAAGGGACAUGCCAAGGAUAGCCAGCGCUACAAAGUGGACUAUGAGUCACAAAGCACAGACACCCAGAAUUUCUCCUCUGAGUCCAAGCGGGAGACAGAAUAUGGUCCCUGCCGUAGAGAAAUGGAGGACACAUUGAAUCACCUGAAGUUCCUCAAUGUGCUCAGUCCCAGGGGCGUGCACAUCCCAAACUGUGACAAGAAGGGAUUUUAUAAGAAAAAGCAGUGCCGUCCUUCCAAAGGCAGAAAGCGGGGCUUCUGCUGGUGUGUGGACAAAUACGGGCAGCCCCUCCCGGGCUAUGACACCAAGGGGAAGGACGACGUGCAUUGCCUCAGCAUGCAGAGCCAGUAGACUCCACUACACCAUUUAAWGUGGAGCUCAAAUACGCCUUAUUUUGCACAACAGACUGCCAACGACAUGAUCAGCAGCUGGCUACAGCCUCCAUUUAUAUUUCUUUUGUGGUGAACUGAUUUAAAAAAAAAAAAUAGAAAACCAAAGUUUAGACAGGUUUUUUUUUUUUUUUUUUUGAAAUGCCUAUGGUUCCUUUAAAUGGUAAACUUGAGCAUCUUUCCACUUUCCAGUAGUCAGCGAAAAACAGUUUGAAUUUCUCUGUUGCUGCCUAUAAAAGUACUCACACGCUCAUGCACAAGGCUGUGGACUUCUCCCCACCUGGAAUUUUCACCGUGUGUUUGCUGAGGCGGCCGACCCUCCGACUUCAAGACUGUGGUGGCUGUGUUGCUUAAUGUAGAGAACACACUUCAUCCCCACCCUCAAGAGUAGGAAAACCCCUAAACCCCAGUCACCUGGACAUCCUGGCGCAUCCUCCUGAGGCUCACAUCCCUCUGUGUUGCCAUCUUUGAGUCAAAGGCCUGGUCCCUCAAUCAUGAAGAUCAUUGCUUACUCUCUGCCAGUGACCAUAUCUGCUUGGGAACUAUUGCAGAGUAUAAAGUGGAAUCUUUAAAAAAAAAAUGACCAAGAAUGCUCUAGGGAACUCUGGGAACCUAUAAAGGCAGGUAUUUUUGACCCUCCUUUGUCAGGCAGCUUCCUGAAGAUGUGGCCCAGUGGAAGGCCCAGGAUGGCCAUUGCUGUGGCCCCCGUAAGGCAGGAAGGGCAAGGGUGGUGAGCCUCAGCCUCCGUGUUCAACAGCAUCAUAAACAAUGACAGGAUUCUUUGGAUGACUGCAGAAAAUAGUGUUUUCUAGGUGAAUUCCUCAAAACAAAAUUUWUUUUUGAGGAGAGUUUUAUUGUUAUCUCUUUAUCCUUCUUGGUACAAGGUAAAAAAUAAAAAUACUCUGUAGACGGGAAAGAUGAACGGCUUGUUGGGGAGCCUAUCAAGGACACUGGGAACACAUAGAGACUCAACCUGUGUUUGUUGAACUUGGAGUUCUCCUACUUUCUUUAUAAUUAACACAUAUAUUCAGAAAAAAAAAAUACAUUCUUAAUAAUUGUUAACAUUGUAUACAACAUAGCCCAAAUAUAAUAGGAUCUGUACUAGAUAAUCCUAGAUAAAAUGUUAGAGAUACUAGAUGAUUUAACCACGGCCAUGACCGAGGAAAAGAGCUCGGGUCCAGAGGCCGGGCUGUUCCCCCCAAGGCCAAACCAUGGAGGUCUGGCAAAGAUGGGCAGAGGGACUCUGCCCUGCCUGCCAUGGUCCUGGGGGUGGAUGCACACUGCACAGAUCUCUCCUUGAGAACACAAAGGGGUCUCAAGACAUUCUGCCUACCUAUUAGCUUUUCUUUAUUUUUUUAAUUAAGUUUUUGGGGAGAAAAAGUAUUUUUGAAAAGUUUGU